GCACACUGCAGUACAAAAGAUGCGUACACCUCUGAAAUAACUUUCCUUGCAUUAUAACCUUGACGUGGCGAGUAAUUUGUACCUUCACAUUAACGCACAACCGGUGUACAUUUCAAUAUCCGAGCUUUUAAAAAUUUCUUCUAAAGUCGCAAUUUUAGACAUUGUGAAGUGAUGCUGAGAAUUAAAGUGCUUUGUGAUGUUCAGAAUUUAUUUGGUUUUCCUAAUCCUUCAGUAUAGUUUAGGUGUUGAAGCAAGAUUUGCUAAGGCCUCACAGUUUAAAACUCAGGCUGAUGCGUGUCCUCUUGCUUUUCAACAAAUAGCUGGCCGUUGCUAUUUCUUCGGAUAUUUUAAGUUGAACUGGUUCCGAGCUGCUGAAUUCUGUCACAACUUCGGGUUCGGAUCAUCUUUAGCUACUGUUGAGACCAAAAUUGAGAAUGAUAAAAUUGAAGAAUUUCUCCUUGAACAUGGAGAUAAGAAUACAGGGGUGUGGUUGGGCGGAUCUGAGAAUGGACAUACUGGACAGUGGGCGUGGUUCCCAACAGGUGAGCUGGUUGAAUGGGUCAACUGGGGAAUGGGUCAGCCUACUGGAUUAGAUCAGCACUGUAUGUAUAUAGUAGGAGGACAACACGGGUAUCAGUGGGCAGAUUUUCAUUGUGGCUUUCAGAUGCAAUUUUUGUGCGAAUAUAAAAACCAGAAAUAUCCGGAGUGGAAAAUCAAAAAUCUCUCUAGUGAAAAGAAUCCCAUGUCAACAAAGAAAAAUAUAUCCAAAAUAUCCAGACCAAUCAUAAAUCAAGAAAGUACGGUAAACUCGGCCACAUUUUCAUCUCCAACCAGUUCACCUGACAAAACAGAAGCAAGCGAUGUCAAGGUUAGAAUGGGAGCAGCAGAAACAUUUAAAGUGUUGGCGCAGGAUGAAAAAAGCGUUGUUCUAAACAAACCAGAGACUGAACCAGAUCUUAUCCAGACCCAUCUUCAAAGUUCAAAGAACUUUCAAAAAAUCCAAAAAGAAAUGAAGACAAGAAUAGACAAUCAAAUCCAGAAAGCGGAAACUAAGAAAAAAAAUGUAACUAUUAUAAACAAAGACAUAUCUAUUCUA